UCUGAAAUCGCCAUUAAAAGAGGGAAAGAAAUAUUUCAUAAGACAACUAGAAGAUUGUUCAAGUAAAUAGGAGAAUUAUUAUUAUAAUAAAAGACUGUAAAGACGCCAAACAGAUUAUAUGGUAUAACGAUAUAUUGCGUGAUGUUGACAUAAUAACGGCUACUGGAUAUAGACCAUCAACAAAACACGAUGGAUGCAGCGAGGCUGGAGUUAAAACUACACCAAGCUCAAACAGUCGGAAAUAUACAGGAAGUGGUAGAAACAUUAUCAGUACAAGAUAAAAAGCAAGCUAUGGUUAUAGCUUCCAGUAAAGGAUUGUGUGAAGUUGUGGUGUAUCUUUUAGAACACGGAGCAGAUAUACAUUAUGUUGAUAGCCACCAGAGCAACCGGUUGCACUUACUUUUAUAUAGCUAUAGCAAAUAUGACAAAACAGAUAGACGUGAUUUAUUAUUGCAGUGUGUAGUUAAAUUAGUUGAUAAUGUUGUAGAUGUCAACAGGUUGAAGGAUGUUCAAGAUACACCUAUAUUUAUAGCUGCUAGACGGGGGUUAUAUAAAGUUGUGAUGUAUCUGUUAGAACAAGGAGUAUAUCCAAAUUAUGUUGAUAGCCAUCACAACAACCUAAUGCACAUACUUUUAUAUAACUAUGACAAAUAUGACAAAACAGAUAGACGUGAAUUGUUAUUACAAUGUGUAGUUAUUUUAGUUGAUGCUGGUAUAGAUGUCAACCAUUUGAAUGACGUUAAAGAUACACCUAUAUCUAUAGCUACUAGAAAAGGAUUUUAUGAAGUUGUAAUAUGUCUAUUAGAACACGGAGCAGAUGUGCAUUAUGUUGAUAGCCACCAAAACGACCUGCUGUGUAUUCUUUUAUAUGAGUAUGCCAGAUACGACAAAUCAGAUAGCCGUGAUUUGGUAUUACAAUGUGUAGUUAAGUUAGUUGAUGCAGGUGUAGACGUCAACCAGUUAAAAUAUAACAAAGCUACACCUAUAUUUAUAGCUGCUAGACAAGGGUUAUAUGACGUUGUGAUGUAUCUGAUAGAACACGGAGUAGAUGUAUAUUAUGUUAAUAGUCGUCAGGACAACCUGUUACACAUACUUCUAUAUGACUAUGAUAGUGAUGACAAAACAGAUUUGUUAUUACAAUGUGUAGUUAUAUUAGUUGAUGCAGGUGUAGAUGUCAACCAUUUGAAUAGUGUUGAAGAUGCACCUAUAUCUAUAUCUGCUAGACGAGGGUUAUAUGAAGUUGUGAUAUAUCUGUUAGAACACGGAGCAGAUGUACAUUAUGUUGAUAACCAUCAGGACAACCUGAUGCACAUAAUUUUAUAUAACUAUGGCAAAUAUGAUAAAACAGAUAGACGGGAUUUGUUAUUACAAUGUGUAGUUAUUUUAGUUGAAGCAGAUGUAGAUGUCAAUCAAGUGAAUUAUGAUAAACAUAAACCUAUAUUUAUCGCUGCUAGAGAAGGGUUGUAUGAAGUUGUGAUAUAUCUGUUAGAACACGGGGCAGAUGUACAUUAUGUUGAUGGGUUUAAACGCAGCAUUCUUUACUAUGUUUUAGGUUAUUCGCAUUCCUAUGUUGAAUUUGAAGAUAAAUGUACCCAACUCGUUAAUACUUUAAUAGAAACAGGAUUAGACAUAAACCAACCUGACUAUGAAGGUAAUACCCCUUUGUUCUAUGUCGUGUUAUACCGUUCGUCUAAUCGAAAUGAUUGGGACGAAAUACAAUUGAAAUUACAGACAGGACAGGACAUCUGUGUUCCAUUGCAUUUUAAAUUGAUUAACAUUUUAUUAGAAGCCGGUUGUAAUGCGAACCAUCAAAACGCUGAAAGACAAACAGCUUUAAUGCAUCAUAUAAAACACCAAAAUGAUAUCAGUAUAUUAAAACUGUUAAUUCCACAUUCUGAUCUAAGCUUAACUGAUGAAAAUGGUAAUACAGCAAUUAGUUAUUGCGUUCAAUAUUACAUGUUCAAUUCUACACCCGUCUUUAAACUUUUAGUAGAUUCGGAUUCAGAUCUGAUGUCACGUAACAACGGAUUUAAGUUAUUCCAUGAUAUUUUAAAAUGUAAGCGGUUGGGAGUGUUCCGUUAUUACAUUAGGCUAAAGUUGAUUGUUAUUGGCGUUACAGCUGAAGGAGAAAACAUGCUUCAUCUUUUAGCUGGCGUUAACUAUGAUUAUUCUGUAAGUAAGUUUAAAUGGUUGUUAAAUAACGAGCUAGACAUCAACCAUCUCUGUUCUAAAGCCAACACACCUACUAUGAUAGCUGCCUUUUUAUUAAACAGUAAAUAUUUAGAACUGUUGACACGUCAUCCUAGACUAGAUAUCAAUACACAAAAUAAACAGGGUUACACAGCUCUUCAUCUGUGUAUCAUUGGCUUUACGAUGUUUAAAGAUGGCUUGAACAAGAGACAGGUAAAUGAUGUUGUUAAGAAUUAUUGUAGAGAUAUAUAUCCAAUAUACAUGGCCUGUAUUGAUAUUUUACUUUGUGUUGAUGGAAUAGAUGUAAAUAUUCAAGGCAAUGGAGGUAGAACUAGUUUAAUGAUGGCUGCAAUGAAAAACGACAGAGUUCUUACAAGGAAACUACUUCAAGCUGGUGCCAUAGUUACCAUGUUAGACCAUUCAGGAAGAUCUGCUCUACAAUAUCUUAAUAUGUAUCAGAGUGUGUUUGAUUUGACUUGUUUUAAACUACUUCUAUCUAAUGGUAGCACUGGUCUUCUCAAUGUACCCUGUAUCGAUGGUAACACAAUUAUUCAAACAGCCCUGUGUUUUCCCUUUUUCUGGAAACCAUACCACGUUGUCUGUUUUAUUAGAUAUUUAGUUGCUGAAAACUGUUGUCUUCAGAUUCUCGUACCAUCGUCACUUGAAAGUAGCUAUAACCAAAUUGAUCUUACUGAGUUAAAUCACCAAGAAAGAGAUGGACUGAGAAAACUGUUAUAUCUUUGUGGCGCCGAAGGGGAGGAGAUUAUGACUACUUUAAAUUUUGACAAGGAAGACCAAAGAUAUGAACGAACAGACAUUAUCCACUCGCGAGACAGAGCAGAAUUCGUUAGUUUCUGUAGUAAUAUAUCUCUCAAGUCACUGUGUAGAAGAUCUAUAAGACAGAAUCUUGAAUUGGGAAUAGAGGACAAAGUUAAGGAUCUUGAAUUGCCUCGUGAAUUAAGGGUUUUUCUUCUGUUAAACGAUAUUCUGCAUCCUAAAGAUUACAACAUAGAUAAUAUUGAUGAUGGUUGUAAUGAUUUUGAGGAUGAGGAUGAUUAUGAUGGUUAUGAUAUAGAUGAAGAUAGAGAUGAUGAUUAUAGUCAGUAUAACUACCAGUAUUUUACUCUCAAUACGGAUCAUGAAUUAAGGCAAGAUUCCUUAAUAAACAACUUAUUUCCUAAUGGUCGUCGUCUUUAUGAUGAUGAUGAUGAUGAUGAUGAUGAUGUACAUGGUGAUGGUGUACAUGAAGAUGAUGGUGAUGAUGGUGUACAUGGUGAUGGUAAUGAUGGUGUACAUGAUGAUGAUGAUGAUGAUGAUGAUGAUGGUGAUAGUAAUGAUGAUGAUGAUGAUGUACAUGAUGAUGAUGAUGAUGUACAUGAUGAUGAUGAUAAUGUACAUGAUGAUGAUGAUGUACAUCAUGAUGAUGAUGUACAUGGUGAUGAUGAUGGUGAUGAUGGUGUACAUGGUGAUCUUGAUAUGUAAUCUUGAUAUGGUAGAAACAACCGAGCAUCACCUAUAAUCUUGAUAUGGUAGAAACAAGCUAGCAGCACCUGUUAUCUUGAUAUGGUAGAAAAAAAACGAGCAUCACCUGUAAUCUUGAUAUGGUUGAAACAUGCGAACACCACCUGUAAUCUUGAUAUGGUGGAAACAACCGAGCAUCGCCUGUAAUCUUGAUAUGGUAGUAACAAGCUAGCAUCACCUGUAAUCUUGAUAUGGUAGAAAAAAAACGAGCAUCACCUGUAAUCUUGAUAUGGUUGAAACAUGCGAACACCACCUGUAAUCUUGAUAUGGUGGAAACAAGCUAGCGCCACCUGUAAUCUCUAUAUGGUAGAAACAAACGAACACCACCAGUAAUCUUAUAUGGUUGAGACAAACGAACACCACCUGUAAUCUUGAUAUGGUUGAAACAUGCGAACACCACCUGUAAUCUUAAUAUGGUGGAAACAAGCUAGCGCCACCUGUAAUAUCUAUAUGGUAGAAACAAACGAACACCACCAGUAAUCUUGAUAUGGUUGAAACAAACGAACACCACCUGUAAUCUUGAGAGAGAGAGAGAGAGAGAGAGAGAGAGAGAGAGAGAGAAAAAGAUGAGGUUUAACGUCCACUCGACACAAACUAGGUCAUUUCGGGACUAACGUAUGGUUUAAUUUUAUUUCAAUAAUUCGUUUGGGAGUAGGGUCUUUAGCAGUGGGAGGAAACCGGAGGACCCGGAGAAAACCCACGAGGUUGGACUGGCGACCCUACUCCUUGUCACGUACAACCGGGGAAUCGCAACCACGCCAGUUGGCUCAAUGAAAGACUUUGUGAUACAGCGCGCACACACUAACCAUUCAGCCAUCCACCCCCUUCUCUCUAUUCAACUCUUUUUGUUUUAUUGUAACAAGAAUUUAUUGUGAUGUGUAACUUUUACUUUUUGUUUUCAUUCUUGGUUUGUAUGAGUGUCCCCCCCCCCUUCACCCUGGGUUGUAUGAUUGCCCCAACCCUUUCUCAUCCUGGCUUGUAUGAGUGCCCAACCCCCACAUUCAUCUUUGCUUGUAUGAGCGUCCCCCCCCCCAUUUUUCUUUUGGCUUAAUUGAAUGCACUCUUCCCCUCCCUUCCGUUUGGCUUGUAUAAGUGCCCCGCUCAGUCAACUUGACUUGUAUGAAUGCACCCCCGUAGUAGUGUAUAAUUAACUAUAACACUGCUUGUUUUUACCCCUCCCCUCUCCCCUCCUUCACUUGUACGGGUUUGUAUGAGUCAUGUAUGACAAUGCAGCUAUAUUACUGCGUGUUUUUGUUUUGAUUUAAAAACUCCAGUUUUUCGGAUAAAUAUGUGAUAAAAUUGUGUAAAUAUAAAAAAAAUAAAAUAAUUUGAUGUAAGAAGAGAAAACAAAUUAUGCUGUA